AUGGCAGCUGUCCUGCUUCAAGCUCUGGAGCGGACGGAGCUGAACAAACUCCCCAAAGGCGUCCAGAACAAGCUGGAGAGGUUCGUGACAGAGCUGCAACAUGCUAACGAGGCUCUGCAGACCGAGCGGGAGAGACUCAAAGCAGACAGUGAGCAGCAGUAUUUUGACAUCGAAAAGAGACUCGCAGAGACCCAGGGGCAGUUCCUUGCAUCCACAAGAGACCUGCAAACUGUGAAGGAGGAAAACCAAAAACUUAAUGAGGAGCUGAGCACUUUGAAAGGAAUCGAGGGAGAAUCAGCAGAUGAAAAAUCCUCUCAACCACAGCAGCAAACUAAAACAAAAUAUGAAAUUGAAGCCGAAAAAAGGGAAUUGGCUCGGUUGCUGGAGAAGAGGACGCAGGAAGUGGAGAACCUGAAUGAGGACUUGACUCGACUGAAUGAGAAGCUGGUCGAGACUAACAAAGUGAAGAUGGAUCUGCAGUUGAAACUGGACGAGCUGCAGUCGUCUGAGUCGGCUGUGCAACACCGCGAGAAACGCAUGGAGCAGGAAAAGGAGCUGCUGCAGCAGAAGAUCGACUGGUUCACGUCAGAACUGAAAGCAAAGACUGAAGAACUCUUGGAGACCAACCGGGACAAAGGCAAGCAGGUAGUGGAUCUACAAUCAAGUCUACAGACCAGCAAAGAAGAGGUGUCCAGAUUGGAAAGCCAGUUAAGCUCUCUAAAGGAAACUAGCGAAAGUCAGACAAAGAGAGCGGAAGACUUCAACAACAAACUGAAAAAGGCGAGAGAAGAACAAUGUGCAAUGGAGGAGAAAUACCGCAAUGAACUCAAUGCACAUAUAAAAUUGUCGUCACUCUACAAAAGCACGGCAUCUGACAUGGAAAAAAAGAAUAAUGAACUGAACAGAGCGGUGCAGGGACUCAGUAAGAUUAUAAAAGAAACGGGAGAAGCCAACAAAGUAUUGGAAAAGAAAGUUUCCGAGACAGAAGAACAAAAGACAAGGCUUGAGGCUGAACUCCGAGAGAAGAUCAAAAAGAUGGAAAAGGAACUCGAAAACGUGUCAGUGAAGGCGGCUGGCAAACACUGCUGUGCGCAGUCGCUGACGGAGGAACAGUUGGAUGCUAUGUGUCCUUCUGCAGCCACUAUUGCAGCCAUCGUCAAACCUGGCAUGAAGUUUUUUGACCUUUAUAAUGCCUAUGCAGAGUGUCAGACCCAGCUGCAGCUCGAGAAGCAGGAAACCAGGAGAGUGAACCGAGUCUUGGAUGAGAUCGUCCAGGAGGUUGAAUCCAAAGCACCCGUCUUUAAGCGACAGAAAGAGGAAUAUGAAGACAUGCAGCGGUCCAUGGCUUCGCUCUGCAACAAACUGGAACAAGCUCGCGCGGAGAUCUAUAGUUUGCAGAAGGAGAAAGAUGAGGCAAAACAAAAAUGUGACGCCCUGGAACAGGAGAAGAGUUCUGCAGAGAGACAACUCGAUGACUCAUCUGCACAGGUUUGCACUCUGCUGGCGGAGCUCGAGGAGGCGCGAGGGAACCCAGUGGUCAAAAACGAGAGCAGCGUCACCACCAAUCAAUUGUCUUUCCGUAACAUUCAAGAACUUCAACAACAAAACCAAAACAUGCAGCGAAAACUGAAAGAUCUGGAGGAGGAGAGCAAUAAGAAGCAGACCAAAGUUACAUCUGAACGCGUAUCUGAGUUGGAGGCCAGUGUGGAUAAACUGCAAAAGGAUAUCGAGCAACUGAAAGAGCAGAGGAACCAGCAGAAACAGCUGGCCGACUCUAAUGCCAGGCAAAGGGAUAUGUACAAGGCUUUACUCACGCAGAGCACCGGCUACACACUGCCACCUCAAGGACCUGAGUCUCUGUCCCUGUCGCCUCAAGUUCGCCCUUCUGUCCCCGCCACUCGCUCGAUGCCACAGAGGGCAGCUGCUGCAGAGUCUGCGCAAACCACUCAGGCCAAAGCGGCACUAAAACAGCUCAAUGAUUCCUUCAUGUUGUACAAGAAGGAGAAAGCGGAGAAUGAUCGAAUGUUGAAUGAAACAAAUGAUAGAUUACAGAAGCAGAGAUCUGAGCUCUCCUCCAGAAAUGCCAAACUCGCCUCUCAACUUGACUUUAGCAAUAAAAGAUAUGAGAUGCUACAGGAGAAUGUAGCCGCGUAUCGACGAGAGAUCACGGCUUUACAAGACCGGUGCAAGAAAAUGUCAACAACCUCCCAGAGUCAAGAACGUGCCCUCUUCACAAUGAGCCAAGAUCUACGGCAGGCAAACGAGAAACUGGCACUGGAGGAGGUCCGUGUGCAGAACUUGACAAAAGAGAAGGAGAUGCUGAGACAAGCGGAGAGUCGGCUCAAUAAAGAAAAGGAGGCCAUUUUGACUGAGCAACGUAACCAGAACUUACUACUGACCAAUCUCAAGACCAUUCAGCUGACUAUGGAUCGCACUGAGACAGACUUUCGGCAGAGACUCAACAACAAAAUUGAUCAACUUGAGUCGGAGCUGGCUGCCAUGAAGACCAAACUGAACCAGGAGGUGGCACAAAGGCACGCCCUUGGCCGAUCCAUGGAUACUCAGCUGUUGGAAGCGAAGAAGCAGCUGGAGACGCAGAACACGCUGCAGCAGAAGACUAGAGAGUUGUUGCGCUCGUCCGAACAGCAGGUGGCAGCACUUAAAGCUCAGUUAGCAGCAGCUGCAUCAGGGUCGGAUUCAUCCAACAUCAGCAGCGCUCCUACUACACCGGCCGGACGAGCAGCGGCACUCCGUGCGCCACUGAGGGUGCGUUCCCCUGGGCCCCCGGUGUCACAGCAGCCCACUGUAUCAGAGCAGGAGCUGAGUGAGGUCAAGGGUCAGCUGCGCACGGCUGAGGAACAGAGGAGUGAGCUUCAGGAGCAGCUGAAGAGCGCCAACGCCACAGUGGAACAGUACAGAGCUGUGGUCCUCACACUGGAGGACAGUCUGAAGAAGGAGAAGGAGUCCCGCACCCCUCUGGAGAUACGUCUGAAAGAAUCACAGGAGGUGCAAAAGGAGCUGGAACAGAGGCUUGUGGAGGCGGAGAAGAUGAAGCUUCAGGACGGGGAAGAGCGCAGGAAGGCUGUGAACGCUGUAGAGAAACAAGUGAUUGAGCUCCAGCGGAUUCUGAAAGCGAGCCAGACAGAGCAGCGCGAGGCGUUGGAAAGGUGCUCUUUAGCUGUAACUCAGGAGGAAAAGGCCAUUCAAGACAGUCGCCAGCAGACCAAGUUUGCAGAAGAGGCUCAAGCCAAGUAUGAGAAGGAGCUGAUGCUUCAUGCUGCUGAUGUCGAGGCAUUGCAAGAUCUAAAAAAACGCUUCCACGAAAUCUCUGCAAUCAAACAAGAAUUGGAGGAGAAUCUUAGUAAGAGCACAGCGCUCCUGCAGGAGAAAACAGCAACAUGGAGCACAGUGGAGAAACAGAUGAAGGAGAAUCUUGCUAAUGAGCGACGUCGUUGUGAGGAGCUGGGGAAACAGAAUUCUCUUCUUCACAAAGAGAUGGAUGAACUGGCUGCGAAAAAUCGAACUCAGCAUCAGGAACCUCCGCUACAGAAUUUGGAUUUGUCGUUCAGCGAAGAGGGAAAGACCACGGCGCAGAUUCUGGAGAUACUCAGGUUUGUGCGGAGAGAGAAGGAGAUCGCUCUGGCUCAGUUUGAGGCGUCUGAGGGAGAAGCUCUUCGGUACAAGCAGCGCGUGGAACACCAGGAACGAGAACUGAAGGAGCUGCAGGAGGCGCUGAACACUGAGCGUGAACGAAUGCAGACAACAGCAAAGACCAUGGCCCAGCAGGAGCAGCAGCUGAAGAAAAUGGAGACGAUAAGUGCUCUUCAGGAGGUCAACCGCUCGCUCAAACUUGACAAAGACAAGCUCGAGCAUGAACUCAAGAUAUUCCGGGCUAAAGUGACUCGGCUGCAGGCGGACAUCGCUCCUCUGCACCAGAAUCUAUCCGUGCUCUCCGAGAAGAACGGCUCGUUACAGGCGGACAAGAGGAUCCUGGAGGAGGACCUGAAGCGCUGGAAACUGAAAGUCCAGCAACUGACCAACCAACAGAAAGACGGCGACGUUGAGGAGAAACAGAGACUUAUAUCAGAGAGAGAUACUCAUGUGAAACGCAUCACACAACUCUCAGAAGAAGGAGCCAAGUUAAAGACUGAACUAGCCAAAUCCAAUGCCAGCAAUAACUCAGCCCAGUCUCAGCUUCAAACACUGAAGGACACUGUGGCACGUGCUACUUCAGAAAGGGACAAUGUCAAGAAAGAGCUGGAGGCCAAAAACCAAGAGAUUCUGGAGAAAAAUAAAACUAUCACUCAAGUGAAGAAGAUUGGACGCCGCUACAAGACCCAGUACGAGGAGCUAAAGGCCCAGCAUGACAAGAUGGUGCAGGAGGUGGCAGCUAAACAAGGAAGUGAAGCCGGCUCCGAUCAGGAAAAGCAGCAGCUCACUCAGGUCCAGGAGGAGCUGAAGAAGGCCCAAGAGGAACUGGCCAAAAACAAAGACGAGAUGCAAAAGAAAAUUGAAGAGAUUCAGAAAUCCAAACAGCAGUUGGAGGAGGCUCAGAAGGAAAACCAACAAAGCAGCGGCAAGGUACACGAAGUUCAGAAUCGGCUGAACCAAAACCAGAAUCAACUCACACAGGUUCAAUCACAACUAUCUCAAACUCAGACUCAACUGCAGCAAAAUCAGAACCAGAUUAAUCAGGGCCAGAGGGAGCUGCAGCUGGCAAAGACCCAGAACCAACAGCUACAAAACCAAUUGAAAGCUGCACAGACUCAAACACAGGCCCGUCAGAGCCAAAUCCAGCAUAUCCAAAAGGAACUCCAGCAGACUAAAGAAAACCUCCAACAAACAGAGAAAGAACUUCAGCAGACACGGCAGAGCUCACAACAGAGCAUGAACCAGGAAGUGGAGAAACUCAAGGCCUCCCUGAGCCAAUCAGAGAGCAAGGCAUCAGAGCUUCAAGGACAAUUGGAAAACUUGCAGAAGACUUUAGGUGAACGUGAUAUAGAGGUGAAGCGUCUGGAGGAGCAGCUCUCGGAGGAUAAACUGACGUCAGAAGCUGCUUCUUCCGCAGCGCAGGCCGCACAGGCCACACCGAGUCAGAGCAGUGACGGAAACACAGAACCGGGCCGAGAGAAUGAGCUCAACAAACUCAGACAAGAGUUGAUGGAGAGCAGGAACCGUGAGGAGCAGCUUCGACAGCAGAUCGCCGACAAAGAAGAAAAGACCAAAAAGGCUUUUCUUGGAGCAAAGACAAAGAUUGGCCAACUCAACAGUGUCAAGGAACAGCUGAGUAAAGAGGUAGAGGAGUUGAAGCAGGACAACGAGGAGCAGGAGGUGCGGAUGAACGCCAUCAAGUCUCAAUAUGAAAUGAGACUAGCACGCUUAGACCGAGAGCUGAGGGAGCUGCGAGAAACCCAGUCCGAGUCCAGAGAGGAGACCCAGGAUCCGAGCGGAACUAAGGGUGGUGGUGACCAGUCCAGACAAUCUGAACAAAGGCAAAUGUCAAUGAAGAGCCCUGCCCAGGACAGAGGAAGCUCCAGUCAAUCUGAGCCGCCCACUGCCAAUAUCCGUCCAACCCCGAGCACGCCUUCUCCCAGCAGCAAACCAAGCCCCACCCCCGGCAGCAAGGCCACUCCACGAGCCAGUAUCCGGCCCAUGGUGACGCCGUCUGUGCCCACUCCUACUCCGACAGCUACAGUCAUGCCCACCACGCAGACGGACAGCCAAGAAGUGUCGCUAGGUGGCACAGCAACAGUGCAUUCGACCAGCUCUGGUUUGAGUAACACACCCACCACCAUUGCGCAGCCUACCAGCUCCCAUACUACAGCGUUUGUCCAGCCCACUCAGCAGCAGGCAGCCAAUCAAGAGCCAGGGUCCAGCAUGGAGGCCGAGCGACCGUCCACAUCCUCUGCUUUUGCUCCUGGUUCAAAGCGUGUUAGAGAUGACGAAGAGGAAGAGGAGAGCAGACCCGAAAGUUCACGCACGUCACCGACCGUCAAGAAACUUCGGCGAAGACUACCAAGACAGAUUGAGGAAGAGGAGGACGACAUUGUAGAAGAGCUCAGGGACGACGCAGAACAACCAGAUUCAGCAGAGAGUGAGAUGGCUUUCACAGUUAUGGCAGAAGACGAGGAUAUUGAGGAGGAAGACGAUGGAGUGUCCCAGUCAGUGCCUUUAGACCAGAGUCAGACGUUAGUCAGAGACGUAAUCGUUAUUGACACAGACAGCGAGAGCCGCGAGAGCAAAGAGAUGGAAAAACAACAAGAAGAUGAUGCGGAGGAGGAGGAGGAAGAAGAGGAGGAAGAGGAUGAGGAAGAGCAGGAAGAGGAGUACAAGGAUGAUGAAGAUGACGAUGAAGAUGACAAUGGUUCCGGCGAUGCCGGAAUGGGACCAGCGGAGGGCAGUAAUGAGGGGAGCAGAGACGGGGAAGAGGAGGAUGACGAGCCUUCAGAGAGUGGCUGCUCCGAGGUCAAGCCCGGCACCACUUCAUCUGAGCGAACUGCAGAGCCCUCAAACAGCGGGGAUGUCCGCAGUGCAGUGUCAGAGGUCGAACCCCCCAGAGAGCUGCUGCAGCUGCCGCCUCUGUCCUCCGCCCCGUCUCCGUCCUCCCUCGCCCCUCGCCUACCACAGCCUCGCAGACUUCCUCACUCUGUCCCACCACGGCUCUAUAUCCAGCCCCCCGCACCCGAGCUGGGACCCCCUCACACACAGAGACAGUCCUCUCAACUACGAAGACAAUCAGUUGGACGCGGACUUCAGCUCACACCAGGAAUAGGCAGCACUCAGCAGCAUUUCUUUGAUGAUGAUGACAGAAUGGUCCCCAGCACUCCCACUCUUGUUGUGCCUCAUCGCAAUGAUGGCUUUGCAGAAGCCAUUCACUCCCCUCAGGUGGCCGGACUGUCCACUAGAUUCAGAUUUGGACCUCCGGAGGAUCUUUUGCCCCAAGCUUCAGCCUCUCACUCUGAUCUGGGACAGUUGGCUUCACAAGGAGGUCUGGGAAUGUACGAGUCCCCCUUGUUCUUAGCGGCUCACGAUGAAGACGGAGGAGGAAGAAGUGUUCCCACUACCCCUCUUCAGGUGGCUGCACCAGUUACCGUGUUCACAGAGUCCCUGCCCUCGGAUGGCGCUGACAACAUGGCGUCCCAGUCUGUUCCCAUGGUAACGGCUUCUACAGCAAUGUCAGCCUCAGCCGAUGACGGAGACGAAGUUUUCAUGGAACACGAGGCAGAAAGUGCGGGUCUGGAGCCCUCUCUGGACAGUCAGGCUGACAUGGACUCAGCUGCUCAGCAGAGUGAAGAUGCCGCUCUGCCCUCAACAAGCCAAGAUCCUGACACCAGCAGUGCCUCCCAGAGACGCGCCCUGCCCAGUCAGCCACUGUUCUCCAGCCUUUUGGGCCGAGGAGGUCGAGGGAGGGGUGAAGGCCGGACGCUAAUCAGCCGUAGAGGGGCGUACUCUCGAGGAGGGAGAGGUUCCAUGGGAAGAGGAGGCUUCUUUUGA